AGCUGCAGCAUUUUUAUUCAAGCUUUAGACUUGAGUGUUACUCUCUGCAGAGAAUGUGUGGGUGAGUGCUCCUGAAUCAGGCUGCAUUUUCAACCGCUCAUAGAAAUUCUUCUCUAAUUCAAGGUGUGGUUACUUUUCUUACGUGAAAGACCAAAAUUCUAUCAUAAUAAUAAGUUAUAACAACCCUGAUGUGACCAGAGUUAAGCAUAUUGGCAAGUAGGAGAUCUUAGGUAGCUAUGGAACUGAUGCAGGUGCAUUUUCUGUGGAGUUGUGGAGUGUUCCUGGUGUUUCUCUGUGAGACUGGAACCUAUAGGGCUAAUUCUUGAAAUAUAGUGCUGUCAAGAGCUUUAUAAUAAGAAAAGGAGUAAGUUUCUUUGUGUUGUUUUUACUUACCAAGGAGACAGGAUGUCAUCUGUCUGCUUUGCUUGGAGUAGCUGAGAAGAACCAGGAUUCAAAAUGAGAACCAACAAGGUCUACAAACUCGUCAUACACAAGAAGGGCUUUGGUGGCAGUGAUGAUGAACUAAUGGUGAACCCCAAAGUGUUUCUUCAUAUCAAGCUAGGAGAUGUUGUUGAGAUUGCACACCCCAAUGACGAGUACAGCCCUCUGCUCCUUCAAGUGAAGUCACUUAAGGAAGAUUUGCAAAAAGAAACUAUAAGUGUGGACCAGACUGUAGCUCAGGUAUUCCGAUUGAGGCCAUACCAAGAUGUUCAUGUGAAUGUUGUCGACCCAAAGGAUGUGACUCUUGACCUGGUUGAGCUGACCUUUAAGGAUCAGUACAUUGGGCGUGGGGAUAUGUGGCGACUGAAAAAAAGCUUGGUCAGCACAUGUGCUUAUGUCACCCAAAAGGUGGAAUUUGCAGGUAUCCGGGCACAAGCAGGAGAGCUGUGGGUUAAGAGUGAGAAGGUCACAUGUGGCUACAUCAGUGAAGAUACCCGGGUGGUAUUCCGCUCCACGUCUGCCAUGGUUUACAUCUUUAUCCAGAUGAGCUGUGAAAUGUGGGAUUUUGAUAUCUAUGGGGACUUGUACUUUGAGAAAGCUGUGAAUGGUUUCCUUGCAGAUCUCUUCACGAAAUGGAAGGAGAAAAACUGCAGCCAUGAAGUGACAGUGGUUCUUUUUUCUAGAACUUUUUAUGAUACAAAGUCUGUAGAUGAGUUUCCUGAGAUACAUCGUGCCUCAAUUCGCCAGGAUCAUGAGGGAAGAUUUUAUGAAGAUUUCUACAAGGUUGUAGUUCAGAAUGAGAGGCGAGAAGAGUGGACGUCAUUGCUUGUGACCAUUAAAAAACUUUUUAUUCAGUACCCAGUGCUAGUGCGACUGGAACAUGCAGAUGGCUUUCCCCAAGGAUAUAAUUCUACCUCAGCACAAGGGAACUACCUGGAGGCCAUAAAUCUUUCAUUUAAUGUGUUUGACAAGCAUUAUAUAAACCGCAAUUUUGACCGGACUGGACAGAUGUCUGUGGUUAUCACACCUGGAGUGGGUGUGUUUGAAGUGGACCGUCUCCUCAUGAUCCUGACCAAACAGCGUAUGAUAGACAAUGGGAUUGGUGUAGAUUUAGUAUGCAUGGGGGAGCAACCACUGCAUGCUGUACCGCUCUUCAAGCUGCACAAUCGCAGUGGUCCUGGGGAUUCUCGCUUAGAUGACUACAAUAUUCCACACUGGAUAAAUCAUAGUUUCUACACCUCCAAAAGCCAGCUCCUCUGUAACAGCUUCACGCCACGGAUUAAGCUGGCAGGAAGGAAGUUGCUGACAGAGAAAGUGAAAAACAGUCGAGACCCCUCAUUGGGGACUCCUAAAGAGGCUGAGAACGCGCUUCCCAUUCAAGUGGAUUAUGAUGGCUAUGAUGCCCAAGUGUUCAGACUGCCUGGCCCUUCCCGAGCCCAGCGAUGUACUACUUUCAGGUCUGCAAGAGAGAGAGAGAGCCGCACCAGAAAGAGCUCGAGCUCUUAUGAUGUGUCAUCCAGCCCUUCCCUGCAGAGCCGCAUCCUGCUCCCAGAGGAGGUGAGGAGCCAGGCUUCCGAUGACAGCUCCCUGGGGAAGAUCUCCAACAUCCUGAUGAUCCCACGGCCUCAUUUGCAUCAGUAUGAAGUCAGCAGCUCUUUGGGCUACACCAGCACCCGAGAUGUCCUUGAGAACAUGCUAGAGACACAGCAGCGAGACUCCAGCGCACCAGGGAGGUUCCAUGUAGGCAGUGCAGAAUCCAUGCUGCACAUUCGUCCUGGGGGGUAUACACCACAGCGGGCACUAAUAAAUCCCUUUGCACCAUCCCGUAUGCCCAUGAAACUCACAUCUAAUAGGAGGCGCUGGAUGCACACUUUUCCUGUGGGUCCAUCAGGGGAAGCAAUCCAGAUACACCACCAAACUCGUCAGAACAUGGCAGAAAUGCAGGGCAAUGGGCAGCAGGAUCUGACACACUCCUCCGCGGAGCUGCUGGAGCUAGCCUACCAUGAGGCAACUGGCAGGCACAUCACUUCUCGUCAUCCAGGUGACAGCAUCUCCUUCCUGAAUUUCAGUGGAAUGGAUGAGUUUACAAGCAACUUGGUCAGCAGUAAUGGUUCAGGGAUGAUUUUAAAAACCCAGAACAAAGAUUCAUUGGAAGAUGCUGUUUCCACCUCUCUGGAUCCGAUUCUGACACUGUCUGCUCCCCCCGUAGUGCCAGGCUUCUGUUGUACAGUUGGGGUGGACUGGAAAUCUCUCACUACUCCCGCAUGCCUUCCACUGACCACGGACUACUUCCCAGACCGCCAGAGCUUGCAAAAUGACUACACUGAGGGCUGCUAUGAUCUGCUCCCAGAAGCUGACAUUGACAGGAGAGACGAGGAAGGUGUGCAGAUGACAGCCCAACAAGUGUUUGAGGAGUUCAUUUGUCAGCGUCUCAUGCAAGGAUAUCAAAUCAUUGUGCAUCCCAAACCACAGAAACCAUCUACCGCUGUACCGCCCCCUCUUAGCAGCAGCCCCCUGUACAGUCGAGGCCUUGUGUCACGAAACCUACCUGAGGAGGAAGAUCAGUACUGGCUAAGCAUGGGCCGCACCUUCCACAAAGUCACCUUAAAAGACAAAAUAAUUACUGUCACUCGAUACCUGCCAAAAUAUCCAUACGAAUCUGCUCAGAUAAACUAUACCUACAGCUUGUGCCCUUCGCACUCUGACUCUGAAUUUGUCUCCUGCUGGGUUGAGUUCUCCCACGAGCGUCUGGAAGAGUACAAGUGGAAUUACCUAGACCAGUAUAUCUGCUCUGCUGGCUCUGAAGAUUUCAGCCUUAUUGAGUCACUGAAAUUCUGGAGGACCCGUUUUCUGCUGCUCCCAGCAUGUAUCAGUGCCACAAAACGCAUUACGGAAGGCGAAGCCCACUGUGAUGUGUAUGGAGACAAGCCUCGCUCUGACGAAGAGGAAUGGCAGCUCCUGGAUGGCUUCAUCCGCUUUGUGGAGGGUUUGAAUCGCAUUCGUCGGCGCCAUCGGUCAGACCGGAUGAUCAGGAAAGGGGCUGCUAUGAAAGGCUUGCAGAUGUCUGGCCCAAUCUCUGCUCACUCUCUGGAGCCUUCUGGGCCUCCUGUUGGGAAGAAGGGAACCUCAGCCCUCUCAGCCCUGUUGGAAAUGGAAGCCAGUCAGAAGACCCUGGGGGAGCAGCAAGCGUCAGUGUUGGCUGGUAAGAGCUCAGCCCAACCUUCCGAGAGUGGAAGCAUUGCCGUCACUCCCACGUGUGUGGACAGCCCACGCAAGGAUGGGGCCUUCUUUAUGGAGUUUGUUCGCAGCCCGCGCACAGCUUCGACCUUCUACCCACAGGUCUCUCUAGAACAGACGGUUCCUCCCACCCUAGAUGGCAACAUGUCAUUCAGCACAGGCCAGUCAGCUGAUAGGGGCAGCACUCUGCCUCUUGGAAGCUCCCAGAAUGUAGCAGACCAGGGAUAUGCCACAGCUGGCUCCAUGGAGAACAGCUCCCAGCAGUCUUCUGCAAGCUCCCUGACUUCUUCCUCCACACUGAUUGACAUUCUUGAGGCCAUGAAGCACCCCACUACAGGGAUCCAGCUGCUCUCUGAACAGAAGGGCCUCUCUCCAUAUUGCUUCAUCAGCGCUGAGGUAGUCCACUGGCUGGUAAAUAACCUGGAAGGUGUGCAAACCCAGGCUAUGGCCAUUGACAUCAUGCAGAAAAUGCUGGAUGAGCAGCUGAUUGUUCAUGCAUCUGGAGAGGCCUUGCGCACGUUCAUAUAUGGGUUUUACUUCUACAAAAUUGUCGUUGAUAAGGAUCCAGAACGAGUGGGUAUGCAGCAGCCCACCAUGUGGCACACAACAGCAAUGGACGACUUCUCCACUUUCCAGAGGAAAUGGUUCGAGGUGGCAUUUGUGGCAGAAGAGCUCUUACAUUCAGAAAUCCCAGCGUUCCUCCUGCCCUGGCUUCCCAGCCGCCCAGCCUCUUAUGCAAGUAGGCACAGUUCCUUUAGCCGCAGUUUCGGAGGACGGAGCCAGGCAGCCGCACUAUUAGCUGCCACAGUCCCCGAGCAGCGGACAGUGACGCUGGACGUGGAUGUGAAUAACCGCACUGACCGGUUGGAGUGGUGCAGCUGUUACUACCAUGGCAAUUUCUCGCUGAAUGCUGCCUUUGAGAUCAAAUUGCACUGGAUGGCAGUGACGGCAGCUGUUCUCUUUGACAUGGUUCAGGGUUGGCAUCGGAAAGCUACAUCCUGCGGUUUCUUGCUGGUUCCUGUCCUGGAGGGUCCGUUUGCACUGCCUAGCUACCUAUAUGGAGACCCACUUCGAGCACAGUUGUUCAUCCCACUCAAUGUUAGCUGCUUGCUGAAGGAGGGCAGCGAACAUCUGUUCGAUGGCUUUGAACCUGAAACUUAUUGGGAUCGCAUGCAUCUGCUCCAGGAAGCAAUUGCACACAGAUUUGGAUUUGUGCAAGAUAAAUACUCUGCCUCUGCAUUCAACUUUCCCUCUGAGAACAAACCCCAGUACAUCCAUGUCACAGGGACUGUUUCUCUACAGCUACCUUACUCCAAGCGGAAGUUUUCCUGUGGGCAGCAACGCCGGCGGCGCAACUCCACCAGCUCAACCAACCAGAACAUGUUUUGUGAAGAGCGCAUUGGUUACAAUUGGGCCUACAACACCAUGCUGACAAAAACAUGGAGGUCCAGCGCCACAGGGGAUGAGAAGUUUGCAGAUCGAUUGCUGAAAGACUUCACCGAGUUCUGCUGGAACAAAGAUGGCCGGCUUGUUCUGUUCUGGACUGGCUGUCUGGAUAAGAUGCAUGCCAGUGCACCAUGAGAUUGUGAGCGCAUCUGCAGGAGAGAAAAGUAAAAGCUUGGCAGUGUGCUGAGGAAGAAGAGGCAGAGAGCAGCCAGUUUAGAUCAUUCUUAGUGUACAUUUACCUUGUAACCCAGCAUAAUCUGAUCAGUGUUUCUAUUGAUAUUCAAUAGAAUCAGAAGGGGGUUUUGGGAAAAGAGAUGAGGAUUCUGUGCUGUAUCUCACGACACUUCUUGUCACAUCGGUACUCAUUGCAUGAACAGACAUCCUACUUCCGAGAACUCAGCUAAACUGAGUGAAGGGAAGAGACCACAGGUGUGUCACAGGGAUGAGAAAUUCCCAUAAAUGUCUGUGCUCUUUGGAAAUGACCAGGUGAUGUAAGCCCAGGACUUGUCAGGGAAAAUCAUGCCUCAUAUCUCCUGUUUGUGUGUAUAUGUAAGAUACAGUGUAUACAUUCGCCGCAAGUGUUUAUAUGUUUUAAUAUAUUAAAUAAAAAUGCAGAAUAUCAAAA